GGCUCCUACACUCACUCCGUUCGGCACUCAGACUAUCCAAAAAAUCCAGCGAGCCUUUCACGAAGACCAGCGACUUCUAGUAUACGACCCCUAUAGCAUGACACCAGCUCUCCUGCGCUUCGCGCCCUCCCCCACCGGGGCUCUCCAUCUAGGCGGCUUGCGCAUGGCGGCGUACAACUACUUGUACGCGAAGAAGACCGGCGGGAAGUGGAUAAUGCGUGUUGAGGAUACGGAUGCGACGAGAUUCGUGCCAGGCUCAGUGGAGGGCAUCAUUCGAUCGCUGGAGUGGGCGGGACUUGAGUAUGACUACGGUCCUGGGAAGGAUGGACCUCACAAGCCGUACUUUCAGUCAGAGCGUCUUGACCUAUACAGACAUCAUGCCCACAAGCUGGUGAAUUCCGGCCACGCCUACCGCUGCUUCUGCACCCCAGACGAGCUCAAUGACACCCGCGAACGACUCGCGCGCCAGGGCUCCAACACCACCUACGACCGCCGCUGCAUGCACCUCACCGACGAAGAAGUCUUCCGCCGCAUCCGCGCCGGCCACAAGUACACCAUCCGCAUCAACGACACCAACCUCCCCCCGCGCCCCGCGAACCCGCCCGCCGACCUCGUCUUCCCCAACCUCCGCGACGCGCACGCGUCCCUCGCCACGGACCCCAUUUUGCUGAAGUCGGACAUGCGCCCGACGUACCAUCUGGCGUCGGUGGUGGACGACCAUCUGAUGGGCAUUACGCAUGUGCUGAGGGGGGAGGAAUGGCUGACAAGCGCGCCGCUGCAUAGGGAUUUGUAUGCUGCGUUUGGGUGGGGGGCGCCGGCGUUUGCGCAUAUUCCAAUUCUGUUGAAUCAGGAUGGGACGAAGAUGAGCAAGCGGCAUGGGCAUGCAAUCGUGGACGACUAUAUUAAACGCGGCUGGGAGCCGCAAGCCGUGCUCAACUGGCUAGUACUCGCUGGCUGGGGCGUAACGCGAGACGCUUCAGGGCAAACUACCCAGGAGGCACCCGACAGUACACGUCUAAUGACCGUCGAAGAGAUGAUUGCAGAAUUCGACAUCACCAAACUCGCCCACCGCAGCGUCAUCCUCGACCCCGCAAAACUGGAGUACUUAAACAAAUACCACCUCGCAAAGGCCGUCGCGGCAGAGAACAGCCUCAACGCCCUGGCGCGCAAGGUUGCGCCGAAGGUGCGCGAGAGAUACGGGGAGACCCCGUACACAUCCCUCGAGAACAUCAAGCGCGUCAUCAAGGUCCUCGAUGUCCGCCUCACCAACCUCUUCGACUUGCCCUCAGAGGCAGCAUACUUCUUCGCCGAGCCUGACCUCACGACCGAGGAAGCGAAGAGCAUGGUGAAGACGGUCCCUCCAGCUAUGCAAGCCAAAAUCUUCGACGCGCUGGACGAGAAGCUGCGCGUGGAGACCGAGACGUAUGAUGGCGUGGACAUUCUCGGACUCGUCAACCCCAUUGCGAAGGAGAUCGGCGCGAAGAGGGGAGACGUGCUAAGGCUUAUGCGCUAUGCGGUGACAGGAGCGAAGGGAGGACCAGCACUUGCAGACACCGUCAAGCUCCUCGGGCCCAAGUUGACAUUGAGGAGAAUCGAGGCAGCACGGGGCAACGUCGAUGGCACGGAGAUGUAAUGCGGGAAAUACAGACGGACAAUAUUGCGUGCGUUCAGCUACCCUUAGGGAGCUUAAUCUGGAAUGUACCUGCGAAGGGGUGUCAAUGUAGUAUAGCAAAGACAACAAACUAGCUCACAUUGCGGAAGGGAGGUGAUCUCAGGCGUGACGGUUGCGUUGUAG